GUCGCGCUGUGCAGGAAAGCGCAGCUCGUCACGCGGCGGCGGCUGAUGUGGGCGACGCGUAACAAUUUAACGGCACAAUAUAUAACUCCGUAAUUGAGCUGGGCGCUUUGUGACUUCCCCGAUGGAGGCAUAAUGUUCUUCGUUGCUGCCGUCAGUGCGACGCGGUGAAGAGAAGUGAGUGCUGAACGAGUUGAACCCUUGCCAAGAUCUCGAGGCGACGUCGGCUGCUGCGCUUGUGUUCCUCUCGGUUGCGGGGAGUUUAUUUUCUUCCGCCUUUUCUGAUGAGUGUGUGUUGCGGGACCUGCAAGGAAAACAUAGCGGCCGCGGAAGUCGAAGGCUUUUUUUGGACAGGCCUUGCACCGUUCACUACGGGCGCGCUACCAUCGAAGACCAGAAGACCGCACGCCAACCGUCGCGAAACCAGGUCAUGUCUUCGUUCUCUUCUGCGACAAAAGUGUUCGGCGUGUCCCUUCUCGCCGUGCCAACGACGUACUCGUUCAAUGUGGUGGCCCAGCUACUCAAAUGGGACAGCGCCUGGCCCGUGUGUCUGGGCGUAGUGGUGGUGCUUGUGGCCGUAGCCGGCCUCUUAUUUUGGGCCACGGGAAGAAAGGCCCCCUUGGCGGGCGGCCGAAAACGCGAACAGAUAUGGUUCUACGCCUUGGCGAUAUCUGCAUUUACGAGUGUGGCAUCCCUUACAGUGGGCCUUGAGCUAGAUGGAAUCAUAUCAGGCUUUGUCAACGUGUACCUGAAGGUUGGGGAACCAUACCUGCGGUGCAGCCAUGGAGCCAUGGCAUCUUACUGGCAUGGGACUGUGAUGUAUGCCAUGCACCUGAUGAUGCUGGCUGCACUGACUUGGGAUGGUAACCUCUACAGUGUCGCCCUCUUCUGGUGCGGUUCAAACGUCAACAGCACACUCGUGCUUUUGCUUGGAGUUGCAACAGGAAAACAUGGUAUCACGCCGGGUGCUGUGUUCUACCUUUUGGUGGCCAUUGCUUCUCUCUGCUUCCUCUACCAACUGAGACAUCAGAGGAUCACCUACUCGGUGUCUGGCCCUAGGGAACACCUAUUCAUUCGCAAGCAAGAUAUUGUCUUUCUUCUUUACCUUUUCGCUGCAAGCUUUAUAACCAUAUUCAGAGGCUUGGCGGUGUUAGGAACAAACAUUGGCUGGAUCAAUCGUUAUGUUGCAACUGUAGAACCGUAUCUGCAACACAAAGACCCGGCACCAUUUCCAAAGAUGCAGAUGCUUGUGUAUCUGUUUCAUCAUCUUCCUCUGCAACUUGCCAGUGCCUACGCAUUACUUGUGCCCGGCUGCCAGUGGAUGCCAGAUCUCAGCCUUCUCAUUGCUGGUGCUGUACUACAGGGACAAGUGUCACACAUUGGUGCAUCUUUUCAUCCACGUACACCAUACGUGAUGCGGGUUCCUCCCGAGCCUGGCUCAUGGCUUUUCUUCUGGAUUGUGAACCUCCUUCUGGCCCUGGGGUUCCAAUUCCUAGCAUACCGGUGCAACACCGAUCCUCAGUUUUUUGCUGCUCUACGUUCGCACAGCGAUCGACGCAUGUCCUAGCCCUUCGUAGUAUGUUAUACUCCUAUGCCCGGUGAUUUCAAGCCAUCUUAGUGGCAAUUGUGGCAUGUCCAAACUUUGUGCUUGCCCUUUCCACUGCCCUUGGCACAGGCUAAUGACAAACCUUUCCAAAUGAUGGCAUGAAAUCAAGAAAACGUAGCAACAGUUGACAGGUUAGCCAAUGUUGUAUAUUUUGUUUUGUUUUUUCUAUUGUUUGAGCACUGAAAAGUGUGGAAGAUGCUUUGUAGUGUCCGUCCUAGUUGGUGCUUCUACUUGUUUUACUUAGGCCUGGUGCAAUUGAGACUUGCUUCACUUUUCUACCACGUGUGUAGAGAGGUUUACUCUAUGCAAAGCAAUCACAUAAGUUAACAUAAACUUCCUGAAAUAGCCUAAAUGCCAUUGGAAGACAGAAUGGCUUUGUGUGAUUUGAAGAGCCAUAAUUUCGGCAUGAUCAACUGCUUGUCAUUGAAGUGCACAUAAAUAUCUCGUGCUUGGUUGGACUUCAGUUGUGCAUGCAUGUUGCUUCCAGUUGUCAAUACAGGCUGGUUUUGCCUGUCAUAGAAUGAGUAAUAAUAAUAAAUGGAAAACACUCUCAUUGCAAGCGUUUACUGUUCUCUAAGAACAGGAUUCUUAAACAUAAGGUCAUAUGUGGACCUGUGGCAAUAGUACAUAUGUUCAUGGUGUAGAAUGGACGGAGCAAGAAUGGAUCAGAAUUUGUCACACUCGCUAAGUACGUUCCAUACGCCAGUUUUGUAGUAUUACGGCUGUUGCUUUGUUUUCUGGUUUAUGCCAUUGUUUAUAGACAUUUUGAGGCUUAUCGAGCCAUUGUCUGCGUGUUUGCACUAAAGAUAUACAUGAGAUCUGUAGGAUACCUGCGCAGUCUCUUGUUUUUUCUUGACAGCUAGACUGUCCUCUCGAUCAUUGUUUGUUGUAAUGUUGCUCUUAUAAUUGUUUUUUUCACUGAAAAGAAAAUCGGCCAUAUCGGAGAGGCCCCUGAAGUACCACGCACAUAGUACACAUCUCAAUCAAAUCAGUGCAGCGCCAUGGCAUCUUUACCACGCAGUGUAAUCUAUUAUCAUGCAUAAGAUUCACAUAAUAUAAAACUCGAUGAAUACUAUUCGGCCUAGUACAAUAUGAUGCAUCAUGUGGUGAGUAAUAUUUGGUGCUAUGCCACUCCAAAAUUAUGCAAAAAAUAUAUUGGACAUCCCAAGUUUGAGCAACUGUGAAUGCCAUGGCUUCCGUUUGAUUUUACGCAUCCUUUUUGUACAUAAUGUAGCCAUGAGAGUGAACAGUAUGGUUGUGUGGCCCCAGUGCUGUUUUUGCUCCGACUGCUGUUGAGGCAGUAAGAAUUAUUAGUGCGACUUCUGUGUAGCCUCGAUGAGGAAAAUACAGGGCUAGGCUGAUUAUCUGCCUUUGUGUUUGUCCUUAGGCUUUCGUUGAGCAGAGUUCCUAGUCAGAGCUGCGUGAACCAACUGCUGUAUAUCAGCUAUUGUGAACCAGCUGGUUUGAAUGUGUCACACUUAACAGCUCGAUAAUAAAGGGACUGACAACCAACAAUUUAUGGUAUCUGUAGUCUUGAGUGCAACAGAGAGCUUACAGGUCAGAGUGUCUAAUCACAGAGUGAACGAAAGAGGGGGAUUGAUCAAGGGCUCGUUUCUUUUAUGAGACGCGACCUAACGAAGCCAACAGACAGUGAAGCCAAGGAAGCUAUAGGAGACAUUACUUGUAUGGUUUAGCUGUAGUGUAGUAAUUAUGACAUAAAUGGAAUGGAAUUAAAGUGGAUGAAAAAUGAACUUGGCGCAUGUAGAUGCCGGACCUUCAACCUUCGGAUAAUGCUUCCAAUGCUCUACCAAUUGAGCUACAGUGGUGGUCGCUUUCUCAUCUACUUGAUUGGGUAUUUAUGUUUGUGUAAUCCUGGGAGUGGUAGCACCGCUCGCAGCCUUGAUGGCGAGUGUGGAACACUCUUUUGUUGACAGCUGGCGUCACGUAGUACGUAAUCUUAUUACGAGCAGGAAGCUGACCAAUAAACCCUUGAAUAUUACCUAAUGCAUCAAGUCUGCCGAAACAAGACCCUCGAUAUGAAUGAACGAAAGAGGGGGAUUGAUCGAAGGCUUGUUUCUUUUGUUAGACACAACCUAUAGAAACCAACAGACCGUGAAGCUAAGGAUUCAAAUCCUGAAAAAAAUGCUCGAUUCUGCCACUAUAAUUCAGUGUUUCCACUUCCACCAGUGUCUUCUCGCACGUUCUGGCCAGUUGUCAGUCCCUUUAGCUGCAGUGUUGGUAAUCUGCGAGUCAUAGUGGUUAUUGCCUCUGUGCGACUGUGAAAAUGCAGGUCUUUCCAGCACUCAUGAAGAGGUAUUUUUGCUAAAGGUCUAUGCUGAUGAAAAGUUGUUCUUGAAUGCAAGCUCUGCUGUAAUUUUUCUUGAGCUUGAGAGCGAUGCAGAAAUAUCCCACGUGCUGGUUUGAUUGUGAUGUACAGGAAUCGAAGCCUAAUUCUGAGAGUACUGUUGCCACAAUGAAUAUGUCAGGCAAUGAAUCGUGCAUUUCAUAUAUAUGUGCCGGUAGCACCCUGUGGUGUGGCUCUGAACAGAUGUUAAUUAGACCGUGAUAUCGAGCUCCCAUGUUUAUGCACAUGCUACUGUACAAAACAAAUUGGUGUAUGUCAUAUGAGCACUGCAGUGACUGUGUGGUCAAUGCUUAUGUGGAUUGACUUGAGCGAAAUUGCCUUUGUUACUGUGCAGUAUUCUGGUAUGUUAGUGGUUGUGAUUUAUUUAUUGUGUAUAUAUGAAACACUUAAAAGUGCAUUUUGAAAGUUUUUUUUAUAUAUAGCUGCAAGUACUCAAACAAGGUGUGACAAUAAUUGCUACCAAGUUGAAGCUGAAGUACUUGUUGCAGAUUGAACAGGAAAAGAAAACGGAAAGCUUGGAGACUAGCGUUCGGAAAAAUUUGAUUUUGUGUAAGUCCGAUAAGAGUCCGCAUUAUAAUAUAUUUGUGGAUUUUUACUAGUAAUUAUUAUUAUUAUUAUUAUUAUAGUUUCUACAUUGUUGUGAUCUAUUCUUCUUAAUGGUUAACUAGCAUGUACUUAGCCACCAACUGCACAAGGCUUAUCAAAAUGUUGACGCUGUACAUCACUGUGCAGCUGAGCCUCAAUUCAGUGACAUUUGUUACUAACAGCAACAAAAGCUUUGUUAGAUAAACUUUUAUUGGUAUAAGGCUUUUCAUUUUAACACUGAGAGUAAUAUCUUGUUUUCAUAGCACUUAUCUGAUGAGUGGGGAUGAGCAAGAUGGAGAAGCAUUAAAGACCAACCAAAACCACUACCUACUCCAUUGCUAAUGUAUUGUAGCACACAGAUGCUUUAAUCAUUGGCCAUGUUGUUAGCACUAAGCAUGAAAUCUAAAUUGAGGCUCAUUUGUAAAAGGCAAUGUAACUGCUGAAACUUUUUAGCGUGAUUGAAUCACCCGUAGCCAGAGAACUGUACAAGGCUCAUUGCUAAAAUUGGUGAGUUCAUUCUGUGCCUAUGCCACACAGCUAGCCACUAAGGUCAAGAUUUUUGUCAUUUUGGUCAGUAAAAUUAUUGCUACAAUUAGGGGAUGUAAUCAUUGAAUAUCGUGUUUCAUGUGGCAUCCUGUAUUUAUUUGACAUUGAACUGUUUCAGUUAACUGUGUAAGGGCUAGCGUCUGUAUACAGUAGUCUCAAUAAUUCAAGCUCGAGGGGUCGCUAGAAUUUUGUUUGAUUCAUGAUAAGUUCCAUAAAUAUGGCAUGCGGAAACAUACCAACUUGUGUUGUAAUGAAACAUUCGCAGAUACAUACCUGCCAACUUGUGCACCUAAAAAAUUCUGGAGGUUCUUAAAUUGGGGUAACAUGACAAUAAAACUGGUGUGCAUUUUUGUCUGUUGGUCUCAACCGCAGUAACCUCACAGAUAGCUCUUAAUAAGUGCUAGUAAAGUAGUUGGACGUCAGCGAUUAUACUGGUACACGUUAUUGUAAGCUGCGUACAUGGGUGUGUAAUUAAGGGACAUAAUGUGACCACUGCGUCCCGUGACAGCUGGUAGCCUCUUGCCAGUCUUAGUACGCUUUUCUGCAUGACACCUGUGUGCUGCAGCAAAAAUGGCUUAACUGCUCCGCACGCAGUAGAUCAAGGCCAGACUGUCUCACUUUCUUUCGUUCUUCCUCAAUCAGCACGCGUUUAUUGGUGCAUGUGGUUUGGCUGCUUUGACAUGUGUAGACAGGAAAUUGGCUUUAUUUGCGCCUGUUAGUGACAUAAGAACACAAACGUUCAGCUGGAAGUUACAAAGACAGCAGUUAUUUUCCAGCAUGGUCAUGCAACAGGCAUGAAUCAACGGAAGUAAUACAAUGAAGCAGUUUGAAUUAGGCGGCGUUAAAAUACAUUGAUGACAUAGCAGGCCAACCAAAAGUUUGAAAUUAUUUGAAUUAGUUGAAAGUUUGAAUUGUACUGUAGUUAAUUAGGCAUGGAACAUUCUGACAACUCUUUUGAAACAAGUUGAUCCAUCUCAGAAUACGUUGAUGGAGCCAGAAUAAAUAGUUAUAGCUAUGCGUGGUUCAUACUCAUUAAUGCUGUGUAACCCUGUGUCAUAUUACUUAGGUCUACUUACUGUUUACAAUAUCAUCAGAUGUAAUUUUUGUCGCACAUUAUAGUGCCCAGUGAAGAUUUCUACUCUUGCAUUCACGUGCACUUUGUUAUAAGUUACUAUAGUCAUGUAAAAUGGUAAUAACUUUUGUUGGUUUUUAUUUUGUUAAUUUUCGCUGCGUGUUUUAUUGGAACUUUUGAGCCACUUAAGUGGGGAAAUGUUUUGCGUAGCUUAUUCUCUUAUAUAUUCAUAUUUUUGUUUAUGUGCUACUUAUUCCAUCUGAGCUUGUUUAUGAGCAGCUGAAUGGGCCUAAUUGUUUCCAUUUAUCACUUGUGAUGUAUUUCUAUCUCUAAGUUUAGCUUGCAAAUCAGUGCAAGCAACCAAAUCAAUGCAUUAACAUAUGUGUCAUUGUUUUCGGCAGGUGCCUUUCAUAAACUUAAAUGAAAACACGAAAGGCUGCCACUAUGGAUUGACUCAUUGUUGACAGACCGAGGCAGGAUGUUUUAUUAUUUUUCGAAAUGUUUGCCGUCAUCAUGAAAGAACAUUGGGGUUCUACAAUCUGUUGUUCUAUUGUUGCACUUAUCCUAAAGAUCACAUCCUUUGUUUUCCGCAAAACUAUUGCAGUUUGCAUUAUGUGUGCAGUCAAGCCAAAUUGUUGCUUCAAUAUGACGUACACUUCUGUGUUAUGCUUACAUGAUGGCAUUUUGGCAUUCUUGCAUUUUGCAUGACUACUGCAUGCAUUGCGCCUUGCUCCGUGUAUGAACUCUGGUCUGUGCUAUAACAGCGUUGCGCCUGUUUUUUUUAGUGCGAACUUCAAGACAGGAUUUUAUCAAUAAUUGUGUUCAUUAGCUCAUGCAAUGUCGACAGCCAUCCUCCAUCUUAUUGCAUAAACUUGGGAACAAGCCCA